AUGUUAAAAUUUUCUCUUCCCGCGUCAAAGCAUGAAGAUUUUAAUAGUUUUCCGUUGGAAUACAAAGAAGAUCAAACAAUUGAUACUGAUAAAAUAUUAAAAUACCCAUUUCAAACAGCUUACAAAAUCCAAAAAUAUCAAGGUGAACAACAUGGAAUAGAAGAUGUUAUCCCUGAUUCAAAAGUUGGUGUUUUAAAGAAAAAGUUUCAAAGACCAACAUUUGCUUUUACACCUGAUACAUGGGAGAUGGACCAUUUGCAUGGAAGACCUGUUCAAAGCGGUGGAAAAACAUUAAUGGUUGCAUCAUAUUUGGUGUUCAUUAAUGUUAAUACAAAAUAUUUAUAUUUAUUCCCAGUUCAAACAAAAGAAGCAAAUGAAACAUUUAAUGUUAUUAAGAAAUUUACAGAACUCGAAUUUGAACAUUUUGGACACAAAGUUAAAUUGAUUAAAUGUGAUGGUGAUGCUGGUUUUGAAAGUGCUAUGCAACUGAUAAUGACAGAACAAUCAAAAUAA